AUGAGUAAAAAAAAAAAAACAGAAGAUGAAAACGAUGCCGAUGCAGUGCCCGUCUUUUUGCGUGUCGGGCUCAACCACCUCUUCCUCCGGUGCUCUUCCUUCUCUUUCUUCUCCGACCCGCUCCUUCCUUCUCUUUCUCUCCUGCCGUGCAGGUGUAUUCGAAGGAGAAGGCGAUGUCGGACGCGUUCAUCAAUGGGCUGGCCGGUGCUGGUGGUGGAAUCAUCGCCCAGCUCAUCACCUAUCCCUUGCAGACGGUGAACACUCGGCAGCAGACGGAGCGCGAUCCGUCCAAGUCCUCCGCCAGAGACGGCGCCGUGCGCCAGAUGCUGGAGGUGGUGAAGCACGAGGGAUGGGGGCGGCUCUACGGUGGUCUCGCUCCGUCUCUGGUCGGUACGGCUGCAUCCCAGGGUGUUUAUUACUAUUUCUAUCAAAUAUUUAGGAACAGAGCAGAAACAGCAGCUCAGGAUCUCUGGAGAAAAGGCAUCGGUGAUGGAUCAGUAGGCAUGUUCCAGUCACUUGUUGUUGCUGCACUUGCAGGAUGUGUAAAUGUUUUAUUGACAAAUCCCAUUUGGGUAGUAGUCACACGCAUGCAAGCGCACAAGAAGACAAUCAUUAAAUCACCUGAUCAUGGUUUACAAUCAGUUUCAGAUGAGGCUAUUGAGUUUCCUGUUAUUGAUCAUCAGCCAUAUAGAAUUAGCCAUGUGAUUCAGGAACUCUAUGAUGAAGCUGGAAUGUGGGGCUUCUGGAAGGGUGUAGUUCCUACACUUAUAAUGGUUAGCAAUCCUUCCAUCCAGUUCAUGUUAUAUGAAACUCUAGUAAAGAAAAUCAAGAGAAGACAUGAUUCAAAAGCAAAAGGUGCUGACGAAUUGACUGCUCUUGAGAUUUUCAUUCUUGGAGCUGUUGCCAAACUUGGAGCUACUGUUGUCACAUACCCCAUAUUGGUAGUCAAGGCCAGGCUGCAAAUAAAACAAAGACUUACCAAUGACAAAAGGCAUCGAUAUACAGGUACAUUGGAUGCUAUCGGCAAAAUGAUGCGGUAUGAAGGCCUUUCGGGUCUUUACAAGGGAAUGGGCACCAAGAUAGUCCAGAGUGUAUUUGCUGCAGCAGUCCUGUUUUUGGUCAAGGAAGAGCUGGUGAAGGCUGCUCGGGUUCUGAUAACGGGCGAGCUCAGGCCGAUCAAAUCCAAGUCGAAAUCAUCAUAACUGUAUUAUUUUUUCAUGGUUCCAUCGCCCAAUUUAAAUUAUAAAAGAAAUUGAAAUUAAAAGCCGCACAAAUUGGAAUGGCAAAGUAGCUCCUCAUAGUGUUUGCAGGAACUAGGCCUUUGAAGGUCUCACAAAGAUAUUUUAAAAUUGAAUAUCAGCCUGUCAAAUUGAUCAAAAUUAAAUUAUAUAGUACCUUCUCAUGUUUGAUAUGUUA